AUGAACAACGACGGCAAUAAGACCCUUUCGUCUCAUGCACUUAAACAGCAACGGACACUGCCCUAUGCCCGACCUACCAAUUCCACCAACACCAGUAACACUGCACGACAGUCGCCACUGCUGCAGCGGCCUACAGGGUCACUGAACCGACAGCCUUUGAUACCUCAAGCCAGCAAGCAGGCCGAAACUGUCCCUGUUAAUGAUUUAGUCCAACUUGCCAGGAGUGCGUUCUCUCAGAAGGAUUUCGCUGCUGCCCUGCAGUUCCUGACGCGUGCGCUGGCGGUGGUGCCCAAGGAUAUCAAUCUUCUCGACAGUCGGGCUGCGUCUUAUGAGAAGCUCGGUCAGCUGGACAAGGCCCUCGACGACGCCAAAGCCAUGAUUCGGAUAUUUCCUCAGAACCCAAAGGGAUAUCUUCGUGCAGGAAAGACUCUGAGGCUACAGCAGAACAUCAGGGCAGCCACAAAACUUUAUGUUGCUGGCGUAGAGCGAUGUACCAAGGGAUCAAAAGACUACGAGGUGAACAUUUUGACCGUCAUUUGUGGACAUAAUUAA